AUUUGUGUGGAAAUGGCUUUGGGAAAUGGAACAGAAGUGUUCCCCAAGUUUAUAAAAUACUGAAAUAUGAAGUAAUCUGAGCGAAACACUGGAUUCUGAGGAAGUCCACAAGGGCAACGCCAUUAAUUAAAAAGAAGACGAAGAAGAAGUACACUUUGAAAAAAAUUGCGUUUUAAAAGUGUUCUGAGAAGUGUGUUAUUUUUGUGGUAUUUUAUUUUAUACCACUACCGUAUGUACCUGAAGAUUAAAGCCAUGAAUUCCGAUAAUUUGACUAAGCAGGCGGAAGAAGUCGAGGCUCUUAGUUCUAUUUACGGGGACGACUGGACCUUGGAGAGUAACAUAACAAGAUCGUAUCGCAUUCGAAUAAAAGAAGGCGAUAAAGAAGUUUUGUUAUUUGUAACUAUGCCACCUGAGUAUCCAGAAUUAUCUCCACCUAAGUAUGAGUUGUCAGCUCCUUGGAUGGAUAGAGCAGCCAAAAGAAAACUCCUUGAAGAUCUAGAUAAGAUUUAUAUUGAAAACAUUGGCGAAACAGUGAUAUACCAGUGGGUUGAAAAGAUAAGAGAAUAUCUUCAAAGUAUAAAGACAGAAGAGCCAGAAAAGAAGGUUGUCAAUGUCACACCAUCAGUGGAAGAGAUGCAUGUCAACUGUCCGGAAAUAACUCAUGGAGAUGUAAUCGUUGACAGGAAAAGUGUGUUUCAAGGACAUGCAGCUGUAGUACACAGCCUAGAAGAUGUCAAAUCCGUCUUGGCAAAGUUAAAAGAAAAUAAGAAAAUCUUGAAUGCAACACAUAACAUGUACGCUUAUCGUAUAGAACGGAAGACCGCAAAAGGCGUCGUCGUUCUCCAAGACUGCGAUGAGGACGGCGAAGCCCACGCAGGCGGUCGGAUGAUACAUUUGUUGCAAAUCCUCGAACAAAAGAACACGCUGGUUGUGGUGACUAGAUGGUAUGGAGGAAUCCAGCUCGGUCCAGACCGAUUUCGACAUAUAAACAAUGCUGCAAGACAAGCAAUCGAACAAGCUGGUCUGUUGAAGAAAAACGAUAAAUGAUAUAUUGACAAUAUUUAGUUUAUAAAUUAGUGUGUAUUUGUAAAUAUAUUAGUUUAUAUACACAUAUUUAAGUGUGUUGGCAAUGCAGUUCGAUACAUUUUUUUUUAUUUAUCAUUAUACAGGGGCCUUACCAUAAGUUCCUAAGGGCGAUAUAAACAUUUUUCAUAAAUAAAUUACCACUAUCAGCAUGUAUAUCGGUGUCACUGCACCAUGAAUGCCAUCGCGCUUUGAAUAAAUGCUAUGCUGUAAAGUGCUUAUGAUUAUGCACCUGUAACUACUUACACAUUUGUUUUCUGUUGACGAUAAUAAAAAUUAUGUUUAAACUUGCUCAUAUUCAUAUUUUUUGAGUUUUAAAAUUAUCAGCUUAUACCAUUUUUGUAAAAAGUACAGUCAACAGCACAUUAGGUUAUACAAAUCUGUUAAAUUUCUCCACAUGUUUUUAUACUUUAAUGCAUUGACAGUUUAUAAUCAAUUACAAAAAUUUGACAUAUUGUAGUGGUAAACUGAUGCGUAUGUAUAUCGAUAAAAUGGAGUAAAGAUCUCGUAUGUUUAGAUUACAAUUACAUGAAAAUUUAAAGUUAAAUUAUAUAAGUAUAAUAAUUUGAAUGAUUCAAUUGGUGCGUUUUAUUAUUAAGGUGUCUAUCUUUUUCGUAUUCUAUUGUUAUUUUAAUAUUAUGCGAUAAUAAACAAAUUAAUGAAUGAAUUUUCAAUAAUGUGAUAUGUUGAGUCGCUGUAAAUAUUCAUAUUAUUGCAAAAUCGUCGUUUAUAUAACAAUACUCUUGUAACUGGAAAAUUGACCAUACCACAUUUUGCCAUAUUUGGUUAUAUAUUUUCAAACAAAAUGUCGCCUUUUUUAUAUUUACGUGCAAUUUACAUAUAUCAUGGUAGUUAAAAACAGAAUAUAUUGAAUAAGUUUAUUAACGUUUAUGGUUAAUUUCCGACAUACAUAGUAUCGUUAUAUCAGCAAUGAUAUGUGUACUUGAUAGUACUUUCAAUUUGGAAAUAAGACUUAUGUGUACAUUUUUGUAUGUUCUCGAGAAAAUAAAAGCAUUUUUUCGCAUGUUUUUUUUUAUUUCUAUAUAUAACUAUUGUUUCACUUACAAACUAACGAUUUCGUUUUUGUCUUUUAUCCAAAUAAGACAGAAUUCUCAAUCAAAAAACAUAUAAAAAUAUUUUUUAGGUAUAAUUUUUUGUCGAAAAUAAUAUUAAGGUAACCAAUACAUCCAAAAUA